AUGGUCAAAAAGUUCAACAUCACCGUUCAAAACCAAUCUGGAGCAGCUCAGCAGUAUGCUUUAGUCGCUGAGAAGCCAGAGGUUCGUGGUGGCAAUGUCUCCUCCCCCAUCUGGUCCAGUGUAUUUGCUACUGCACAGGCUGGCGAGGGCGAUACCGCUUUCUUUACCAUUGAAAAUCAAUAUUUCGCCAUCUUGGGAACUUCUCAGUGCCGGCCUCAGGAUGGAACCAAUGUAUCUGUCUCAGGUACUCAGCCCGUUGAACUUGGAUCUACUAGGUCCGACGGAACCAAGGAGCCCGGAACAACAAUCGGCGUCGUAGCUAGCAAUGACAUGCUGCAAUUCUCUUAUGAUCACUCCAAUCCUUCUGGGCAAUCUCGGGCUUUUGAGCUUAAGACUAAGACGGAUUUCACCCACGAUGACGCUCAAAGCAAGAACUUCCUCAUUGGCGCUGGAGCUUCACUCAAUGGUCGCCCCGUUCCCUUAGCUGCAUUCGUCCCCGGACCUAACCAGCAGUAUCAAAUCGAGCCUAAGAACGUCUUCUAUCUUGUAACGGGUCAGUAUCGAGAAGGUGCUCUCGUCGAGGAGGAGAGCAUGGGGUAUAAUCGUCUGAGGGUGGAUUUUGGAAAUGCUCGAGGCAACAACAUUUCAGUUACUCAAACACCAGAUGGGCGGUUGAUCAUUCAGAACUAG